AUGGCCUCUACCAUCUUCGAAGUCGAACCGUCGCUCCCUCACGUACUCUGUGCCGUGGUGGGAUCCGCGUUGGCGGCACACUGGAUUUUCAAGCGAUUCGAACCGCAACAUGCAGCUGCCCACGCUGUCCUAAUCUUGGGCGUGCCCGCUCUCUUAAGCGUACUUCUCUUACUCCACCUCUCGGGCAUCAAAGCGCUUUUGGUAUCGUUCUCGAUGUAUUGGUGCACACUGGCAGGUUCCGUCGCCCUGUACCGCCUCUCCCCGUGGCACCCCCUCGCACGCUACCCCGGACCUGUCGCGCUCAAGCUGACCAAACUAUCCCUGGCGUGGAUUUCCCGCGGCGGCAAGCGGCACAUAUACACGCAGCAGCUGCACCGACGCUACGGCGACGUCGUCAGAGUUGGCCCGAACGAGCUCUCCAUAAGCAAUGCUGCGGCCAUACACCCUCUGAUGGGAACGGCUGGCCUGCACAAGGGUCCUCAGUGGGGAGCCCGGGCUGCCACCCAGGCCGUACCGCCCCUUAUCGCGCUCGGGGACCCGAAGGAGCACUUGCGUCGCCGCAAGCCGUGGAAUCGGGCCUUCAGCGUGGCCAGCCUGAAGGACUUCGAGCCGAUGGUCGCGCGGCGCACACAGCAGCUCGUCGAUCUGCUCUCCUCCAAGAAAGGAGAGGUGAACAUGUCCAAAUGGUUCAGCUGGUUUACGUAUGACCUCAUGAGCGAUAUGGCGUUUGGCGGGGGAUCAGAGAUGAUGCGGAACGGCGACGAGGGAAGCGUGUGGCCUCUGCUGGAGGAUGGAUUGGUCAACUCCGACACAUUCGGCCACCUCCCUUGGACCGCCGACUACGUCCGAAAGCUCCCCAGCCUCGGGUCGAAGAUGAAGGAAAUGCGGACGUUCUGCAUCCGCCGGACGGCGGAGCGCGUCAAGCUGGGAAAUAACAGUACUAAAGACCUCUUCUAUUACCUGAAUAACGAAGAUGGCGCAGAAGCGACGCCCCCGCUUUCCCAGGUCGUCGCGGAUGGUGCCCUGGCCGUCGUGGCCGGAUCAGACACGACCUCGAGCGUCAUCUCAAACCUCAUCUUCUUCGUGCUUACCCAUCCCGAGGUAUAUGCUCGUCUCAGGACGGAAGUGGAUUUCUAUUAUCCUCCGGGCGAGAACGCUCUAAACACGACGCACCAUGCCGAUAUGCCGUAUCUCAAUGCCGUCAUCAACGAGACCAUGCGCCUGUACCCGCCAGUGAGCGAUGGCAGCCAACGGCUCGUCCCUAUUGGAAGCGGCGGGAAGGUUGUCGGAACGAGCUACAUCCCCGAGGGCACUAUCACGACGGUGCACAUGUACAGCAUCCAACGGGACCCGCGCAACUUCUCGCCCUUACCCGACAGCUUCUGGCCGGAGCGGUGGAUUCUCGCGGGCUCGGGAGACGCGCGCAGCGCGAAGAUCGUCCACAACCCCGCCGCGUUCUUCCCGUUCUCCUUUGGGCCCAGUAACUGCGCGGGGAAGGGGCUCGCGCUGCAGGAGAUGCGCAUGGUCGUGACCCUCAUGAUGCAGAAGCUGGAUCUGCGGUUAGCGGAUGGCUUUGAUGCGGCUUCGUACGAGAGUCUUCUCUUGGACUACCUCAUUCUUUCCCGGCCCCCUCUACCGGUGGUCGUCAAACCCCGGGGGCUGUAG